GAUGCCAUCGUCUUGGUUGGAUAAUCCUAAAUCAAAUCCUUGGAGGAGAUCCCAUCAGAAUUUCAACCGUCCAGGCCCCGUGAUGCGGAGUCGGAUACUCAGGCGACACAGUGACAGUGGCAAGUGGCAGCCCCCCUUCCGUCUUCCAAGUUCCAGCCGUGUAAUUGAGAAAAGGGUGCAGGCGGAGUGAAGGCGACGCCAAGGAAACCGCCCGAUUGAAGUUUAUUCUUCCCUUUUUUUGUUCUGCCGAUCUAAGGCUAAAGAACAUGCUUCACUGUGGUCAUUAGGAAAUGGAGGGUUGUGACUGCAUUGAACCUCUAUGGCCUGCUGAUGAACUUCUGGUCAAAUAUCAGUAUAUAUCAGACUUUUUCAUUGCCCUUGCUUACUUCUCCAUUCCUCUUGAGCUCAUCUAUUUCGUAAAGAAGUCUUCCUUCUUUCCCUAUAGAUGGGUUUUGAUACAAUUUGGUGCUUUUAUUGUUCUUUGUGGGGCAACUCAUUUAAUUAAUUUGUGGACAUUUACCAUGCACUCAAAAACUCUUGCCAUUGUCAUGACCAUUGCAAAAAUUUCGACUGCUGUAGUGUCAUGUGCAACAGCAUUGUUGCUUGUCCACAUAAUUCCUGAUUUAUUAAGUGUAAAAACAAGGGAACUGUUUUUGAAAAAUAAAGCGGAAGAGCUUGACAGGGAAAUGGGCCUCAUAAGGACACAGGAAGAAACCGGAAGACAUGUUCGUAUGCUUACUCAUGAAAUCAGAAGUACACUUGACAGGGACACAAUAUUGAAGACUACUCUUGUUGAGCUGGGGAGAACCUUGGGGUUGGAGGAAUGUGCGCUAUGGAUGCCAUCACGUAGUGGUUCAUGUCUUCAACUUUCCCAUACGCUCCACCAACAAAUCCCUACGGGUUUAACUAUGCCAAUUAAUCAUCCUAUAGUUAACAAAAUUUUCAGUAGCAACAAUGCAAUGAUAAUUCCACAUUCAUGUCAAUUAGCAAGGAUCCGAGUACCAUCAGGGAGAUACGUGCCACCAGAGGUUGUUGCUAUUCGAGUUCCACUGUUACAUCUUUCAAAUUUCCAGAUUACUGAUUGGUCAGAACUUUCUGCAAAAAGCUAUGCAGUAAUGGUCUUGAUUCUCCCAUCAGAUAGUGCAAGGAAAUGGCAUGUUCAUGAGUUAGAACUUGUUGAGGUGGUUGCUGAUCAGGUAGCUGUUGCACUUUCACAUGCUGCUAUAUUAGAAGAGUCUAUGCGGGCACGUAAUCUACUUAUGGACCAAAAUGUUGCUUUAGAUGUAGCACGGCAGGAGGCUGAAUUGGCUAUUCGUGCUCGUAAUGAUUUUCUAGCUGUCAUGAACCAUGAAAUGCGAACCCCAUUGCAUGCAAUUAUCACUCUUUCUUCCCUUCUUAUGGAGACUGAACUAAACCCCGAGCAACGGUCAAUGGUUGAAACUGUAUUGAAAAGUAGCAGUCUUCUAGCAAUUCUGAUUAAUGAUAUAUUAGAUCUGUCCAAGUUGGAAGAUCGAAGCCUUGAGUUGGAACUUGGAGCUUUUAAUCUUCAUUCUGUCUUCAGAGAGGUGGUGAAUUUUGUAAAGCCAGUUGCAGCCAUCAAGAAGCUACCUGUCUCACUUAUCUUGUCACCUGACCUACCUUUAUGUGCCAUUGGAGAUGAAAAACGACUUAUGCAAAUUAUAUUGAAUGUUGCUGGUAAUGCUAUCAAGUUUACAAAGGAAGGACAUAUUUCUAUUACAGCUUCCAUUGCCAGGACAGAUUAUUUAAGGGAUUUUAGAACUGCCGACUUCUAUCCAGUUGCUUGUGACGGUCAUUUCUACUUGAAAGUCCAGGUAAAAGAUACUGGCUGUGGAAUUAGCUCUCAAGAAUUACCACAUAUCUUCAUUAAAUUUGCACAGAGCCGAAAUGUAGCAAGUCAAAGUUACAAUGGAAGUGGUGUUGGGCUUGCCAUUUGCAAGAGAUAUGUAAAUCUCAUGCAAGGUCAUAUUUGGCUUGAGAGCGAAGGGCUUGGAAAAGGAUGUACAGCCACAUUUCUGGUGAAACUGGAAAUAUGCGAAAAUCAAAACAUAUCUCACCAAAAAAAUGCCCCGUUGUCUUGGACGAAUUAGCACGGGCAGGAUGAUGCUUCCACCACCAAAGUUAUAUAUGCCAAAUGAUCCAGAAUGGCCUAUUCCUCAGAAACCUUAGCAUCAAGAGGUGUACAGGAUGUUGAGAACUAUCUGUAUUCAUCAGCCACUCCAAUGCACGAGUUUUUAUCCUCAGUAGUACCAUAUUGAGUAAGUGUCGAUUUUUUAUUUGGUACGGGAAUGACAAAUUUAAAUUUCUCUCGACAUUAUUGUAAUAUGUAAUUGAACUCUCACUAUUAUCUUGUUUAUAUAUUAGUGAAAAUUUCAGAUAGAA